AUGGGUGAGGAUGACUGUUAUCGAUGCUCGCAUUCAUCAACAGCAGGCGACAUUGGUGCCAACCGUGGUUUAGGGUAUGCCACAGCUAAACAGCUUGGCAGCACCGGCAGAUACCGUCUCCUCAUUGGUGCCCGGACGCAAGAGAAAGCCGAGGAAGCUAUCAAGAAACUAGGCAAUUCCUCCAACAACUUUGCACCAGUGAUACUAGACCUCAACAGCGACGUAUCUAUCAAAGCUGCUGCCGCCUUCAUUCAGGAACGGUUCGGUUCACUCGACAUUCUUGUCAAUAAUGGCGGCAUCAAUCGAUCAUCUGAUCCCAACGCCACGCUGCAUACCUUCUUUCCUCUUCUCCGUGCUUCCAAGUAUUCUGAUCGGCGCAUCGUCAACGUGACCAGCGGCCUCGGGCAGAUUGGGAUAGCCUACUCGUCUAACUCGGAGUAUAGUGUUAAGGUCUGGGAGCUGCCAGCCUACCGAAGCAGUAAAACCGCCCUCAACAUGAUCAAUGCGGCGAAUGCGGUGCGCCUGCAGAAGGAGAACAUUCUCUCAAUCGUGGUUUGCCCGGGUUAUUGUCAAAAGGACUUUGGGGGACGCCGUGGUGCCAAGUCUGCUGAGGAGGGGGCACAGCCUAUUGUCUGCGCGGCAACAAAGGGGUCUCCAGAAGAACUGUCUGGGAUGGAUGUGGAGGAUGAAGGGUAUUUUGUGGAGUUCGGGUGGUAG